UGCUGGUGGCUGCAGCCGGCUGGGAGUAGGCAACUGCAUUUCCCAGGAGGGGGCACGCGCGUCGGGAGCCUCUCGCCUACCGCCUCCGCCUUUCCGCCACCAUCUUCGGAACUGAGUGGCGGCGCGGAUCGGCUCCACUGAGCUGAGGGACGUGGGAAAGGCGGCAACGGGCGGAGGAGGUGAUGUCUGGGAGCCCUCCCUUGACAGCCCGGGCCGAGAAGGUGAGCUGCGUCGACGCUGGUCGUGGGGGCGGAGAGUCCUUUCAGGAGGCAUCACCCAGACUGGCAGAUCAUGGUGGCAGCAGUGGGGGUGCCUGGGAAGUGAAACGGAGCCAGCGGCUGAGAAGGGGCCCCAAUAGCCCCCGCAGGCCCUGCCAGGACAUGGAGUAUGAAAGACGAGGUGGUCGUGGAGACAGGACAGGUCGCUAUGGAGCCACUGACCGUUCACAGGAUGAUGGUGGGGAAAACCGUAGCCGAGACCAUGACUACCGGGACAUGGACUACCGAUCAUACCCUCGAGAGUAUGGUAGCCAGGAGAGCAAACACGACUAUGAUGACUCUUCUGAGGAGCAGAGUACAGAGGAUUCCUACGAGGCCUCCCCGGGCUCCGAGACUCAGCGUAGGCGGCGGCGGCGGCACAGGCACAGCCCCACCGGCCCACCAGGCUUCCCCCGAGACGGCGACUAUCGGGACCAGGACUAUCGGACCGAGCAAGGGGAGGAGGAGGAGGAUGAGGAGGAGGAGGAGGAGGAGGAGAAGGCCAGUAACAUCGUCAUGCUGAGGAUGCUGCCACAGGCAGCCACUGAGGAUGACAUCCGUGGCCAGCUUCAGUCCCAUGGUGUCCAAGCCCGGGAGGUCCGGCUGAUGCGGAACAAAUCCUCAGGUCAGAGCCGGGGCUUCGCCUUCGUCGAGUUUAGUCACUUGCAGGACGCUACACGAUGGAUGGAAGCCAAUCAGCAUUCCCUCAACAUCCUGGGCCAGAAAGUGUCCAUGCACUACAGUGACCCCAAGCCCAAGAUCAAUGAGGACUGGCUGUGUAAUAAGUGUGGAGUCCAGAACUUUAAACGCCGGGAGAAGUGCUUCAAAUGUGGAGUGCCCAAAUCAGAGGCAGAGCAGAAGCUGCCACUGGGUACAAGGAUGGAUCAGCAGACACUACCGCUGGGUGGAAGGGAACUGAGCCAGGGUCUACUUCCUCUGCCUCAGCCCUACCAGGCCCAGGGAGUGAUGGCAUCCCAGGCUCUGUCCCAGGGCUCAGAGGCAAGCUCAGAAAAUGCCAAUGACACCAUCAUACUGCGCAACCUGAACCCACACAGCACCAUGGACUCCAUCCUGGGGGCUCUGGCACCCUACGCAGUGCUGUCUUCCUCCAAUGUUCGGGUUAUCAAAGACAAACAGACACAGCUGAAUCGUGGCUUUGCCUUCAUCCAGCUCUCCACCAUCGUGGAGGCAGCCCAACUGCUGCAGAUUCUACAGGCCCUGCAUCCGCCUCUCACCAUUGACGGCAAGACCAUCAACGUUGAGUUUGCCAAGGGCUCUAAGAGGGACAUGGCCUCCAACGAAGGCAGUCGCAUCAAUGCUGCCUCUGUGGCCAGUACUGCCAUUGCUGCGGCCCAAUGGGCCAUCUCACAGGCCUCCCAGGGUGGGGAGGGUGCCUGGGCCACCUCCGAGGAACCUUCCGUCGACUACAGCUACUACCAGCAGGACGAGGGCUAUGGUGGUAGCCAGGGCACAGAGUCGUCCCUCUAUGCCCAUGGCUAUCUCAAGGGCAGCAAGGGCCCUGGCAUGUCUGGAACCAAAGGGGACUCAGGAGGAGCAGGUUCAGACACUUCCCUUGAAUUGGGAGCUGACACUGUGUCACUGCAAGCUUUCUCCCGUGCCCAGCCUAGUGGUGCCCCUGGCAUCUACCAACAGUCGACUGAUGCCAGCAGCACACAGGGUGCUGCUGCGAACAGCCAGUCAUACACCAUCAUGUCACCCGCUGUGCUCAAAUCUGAACUCCAGAACCCAGCCCAUUCCAGUUCAACCCUGCCACCAGCCAGCAGUCCCAAUGCACAGGAGUCCUACAGCCAGUACCCUGUUCCUGAUGUCUCUACCUAUCAGUAUGACGAAACAUCGGGCUACUACUAUGAUCCCCAAACUGGCCUCUAUUAUGACCCUAAUUCCCAGUAUUACUACAAUGCUCAGAGCCAGCAGUACCUAUAUUGGGAUGGGGAAAGGAGGACCUAUGUUCCUGCCCUGGAGCAGUCUGCUGAUGGACAUAAGGAGACAGGUGCUCCCUCAAAGGAAGGCAAAGAGAAGAAGGAGAAGCACAAGACCAAGACAGCCCAGCAGAUUGCCAAGGACAUGGAACGCUGGGCCAGAAGCCUAAAUAAGCAAAAAGAAAACUUUAAAAACAGCUUCCAGCCCAUAAGCUCCCUUCGAGACGAUGAAAGGCGGGAGUCAGCCACUGCAGAUGCUGGAUAUGCUAUCCUUGAGAAGAAGGGAGCACUUGCUGAGAGACAGCACACCAGUAUGGACCUUCCCAAACUGGCCAGCGAUGACCGCCCAAGCCCUCCACGGGGCCUGGUUGCAGCCUACAGUGGGGAGAGUGACAGUGAGGAGGAGCAGGAGCGUGGGGGUCCGGAGCGCGAAGAGAAGCUCACUGACUGGCAGAAGCUGGCCUGCUUGCUCUGCCGACGCCAGUUUCCCAGCAAGGAGGCACUCAUCCGACACCAGCAGCUUUCUGGUCUCCACAAGCAAAACCUUGAGAUUCACAGGCGAGCCCACCUGUCAGAAAAUGAACUGGAAGCACUUGAAAAGAAUGACAUGGAGCAAAUGAAGUACCGUGAUCGAGCUGCUGAGCGCAGAGAGAAGUAUGGCAUCCCGGAGCCACCAGAACCCAAGAGGAGGAAAUAUGGUGGCAUGUCUGCAGCUUCUGUGGAUUUUGAACAGCCUACACGGGAUGGGCUGGGCAGUGACAACAUUGGCAGUCGCAUGCUCCAGGCCAUGGGCUGGAAAGAGGGCAGUGGCCUGGGCCGCAAGAAGCAAGGCAUUGUGACACCCAUUGAGGCCCAGACACGGGUGCGAGGCUCAGGCUUGGGUGCCCGAGGCAGCUCUUACGGUGUCACUUCAACUGAAUCUUACAAGGAGACUCUGCACAAGACAAUGGUGACCCGCUUCAAUGAGGCCCAGUGAGCAUCUGUUGGGGUUCCAGCCCAGGGCAGGGGAGAAUGAAAUGUUGUUAGUUGGUCUAAGUGGGGUCCUGUGCCUGUCUUCCAGCCCAUUCCCCAACCAGAGGACCUAAUCAAGUCAAACUUUGAGUUGGUGAUUUUUCUUGAAACUGGGCUGUGAUCGUGUUCUUUUGUAAUAAAAGCUAAAAUGUCUGCAA